AUGCGGGCCAUUUUCUCUCUCGCGGCUCUGCUGGCGCUGAGCUCGCUGGGCUUGGCCGCGCCGAGCCCGAAGAAAAGCAAAGCCAACGGUGCUGCCUCGUCACAACAGCAGCAGACACCGCAGCAGCAGGCCGCUGCCAUCCCGCAGGGCAUCUCGCAGGCCACGGACGGGUCCACCAUCCUCGACACCAACGCGACGGUCAACGGCCUGAACCUGCGCUUCAAGAUCAGCGGCCCGGAGUCCGCCUUUACCACCGCCUCCGGCGUAGCCGGCAGCAAAGCGCGGGCGCGCGCAGCCGGCACGCUAGGCCUGAACGUCCUGCUGCAUGGUGACGGCGGGCAGAGCUUCUUCGACUUCCCGAAUCAAGCAGUCCAGAACGGGCUCAUGGGCGUCGUGGUGCUCGCGCCAUCCGAACAGCUCCUCUGGGGUCAGCACGCCGGCCCCCCGGCGGGGCUGAGCCGCGUGGACGGCGUCGCGGACGCGCAGGCCGUCGCAGACUUGGUCUCGACGGUCCUCCCGCAGCUCGUCGCCUUCGACCCCGCGCAGCUCUUCUUCACGGGGGUGUCCGGGGGCUCGCUGACGCUGAGCGGCUUUUUCAUCCCUGCGCAACUGGCGCAGUUCGCUGCCCCGGGCACGGGCGUGUUGCUCAUGUGCGGCGCGCUCGAGCCGCAGGUCGAUGUGGUGAAUGCGAGCGCGUUUGCAGGGACCUCGAGGAUCCACUUCCAGAGUACCCAGCAGGAGCUCGCACUGCUGCAGCCAGCCAUUCCGGCGGCCAUCGCGGCGUACGAGGCCGAGGCACGUGCCGCGGGGUUGAGUGAUGCGCAGAUCGGUCUGUUGCAGACGGUCGAUAAUACCCCCGACGGUGGCCAUUGCGAGUUCGAUGAGGAAGGUUUUUCGAGUGGCAUUCAGCUGAUCGCGGAUAACUUUGCGAGUAUCAUGCAAGGCGGUGAUGGUACUGUCGAGGGCAUUAACGCGCCGACGGUGCUGACGUCUGUUGUUGGAAACGAGAAUCUGCAGUUCUCGGGCGCUUCUUAA